AUGGGUGGUGCGUUGAGUAGACCUCUUAUACCUUGUUAUAACCCAAGACAGGAGCAUCGUAGACAACCGAAGCCGGACAUUCUUUCAAUAAUGAACAAUGAGUGGAAAGCGAACGAUCUGUUGUUCGAGCAAAUAAAAUCGGAAAGGUCUAAAUUGGAGGAAAAAAAUCCCGGGAGUAUAAUGAGGAAAGUAGCCAAGUUUGUUCCUUGUCAGAGUCAACGUUGUAAGUGUAAAGGAGGAAUGUUUGAUGGAAUUGAACGUGAUAAUUAUGGAUGGAGAAAUAGUAAUUGCGUCAGGCCUGGUUGUAAUCAUCCACUGUCUAAUCAUAUACAACAUUUAGUAUCUGCUUCGAAGAAAGAGUUUGCCAUAUUAAUAAAACAAAUAUUUGAUAUCAUUAAUAUAAAAGGAACAAUACAAAGUGUAUCUAAAAAUCCCAAGAUAGAGAGAAUUAUUGUAUUAGAAGAAGUUUUUGAAUCAAUUUAUACUGUAUUAUGUAAAAAUGUCCGCCGUGAUCCAUUUAUCGCACCUAAUAUUAAUACAAUUUAUGGGAAUCCACCAUUUGAAAAUACUAACAUAAAUCAAAUUUUGAUUAACUUUUGUAUGCAUAUGUUUAGUAGUAAAGAUAGUAUUUUGGAAUUGAAAGAUGCACUUAUAAUCACCAAAUUUGUACUCAGAUAUUUUGAUACAUGGAUGUGGUUUCUUCCUAACCGAUUACCGUAUACUAAUCCUCAUGAAUACUCAAAUAGUUAUGUAUACUAUUAUCGUAGAUAUAUGAUGUAUUGUUGUGUGCCCAGAUUAGUCCAUUCAGUUUCCCCACGAUACAAACCUAGUAAGAUUUUUGGUCGCGAUGUCUUGAAAUAUACUCUGAAAUCAUUCAAAAUUCAAUUUCAAGUUUGGUGUUACAAACAAAACAUAAUGUGGACAGAUCAUACAAAAUUAUUUUGCUUGGACUAUUUGCCCAAAUACAUGGAUUUAUUGCAUAAUGAAGUUUUAAAUAAUAAGUCACCAAUAUGGAGCAUGAAUUAUAAGAAAUCAGAUGUAAAAAGAAAGGUCAUUGAAUUGGAUGAUUCCUAA